UUUUGCCCCAGUUGGAGAAGUGAUCAACCAAACAAGAAGAGAGAAAAAUGGCAAAGGUGUUGAGCGGAAAAGAUGCUUCAGCGUUAUUACAGUACAGGCAUACGUUUAAAAUUGAAAAAUGACAUCCGUGCCAAACUGAAGGAAGAAAUUGAAUCAAUUCAAGGGAAAUAUCCCGACUUCAAGCCAUGUCUUGCCAUUGUACAGGUCGGGGGUCGAGAAGACUCCAAUGUGUACAUCAAAAUGAAGUUGAAGGCCGCAGCAGAAGUUGGCAUCAAGGCUGACCACAUUAAGAUUCCAAGAACAGCAAGCCAGAAUGAGGUUGUAAAAGAAGUUGAACGCUUAAAUAAUGACAGCAGUGUGCAUGGAAUCAUUGUUCAGCUGCCUUUGGAUUCUGAUAAUGAGAUUGAUUCCAAUCUGGUGACCAACACAGUGUUACAGUGUAAAGAUGUAGAUGGGUUGCACCUGAACAAUGCAGGCCGGCUGGCUCAUGGUGACCUUCAGUCUUGUAUCUUGCCGUGCACACCUAGAGGCUGUUUGGACCUCAUUAACAGGACAGGAAUAGAAAUAAAAGGAAAGAAAGCGGUAGUGCUGGGACGUAGUAAGAUAGUCGGUGCACCAGUGGCAGACCUCCUCCUGUGGAACCACGCCACAGUCACUCAGUGUCAUUCCAGAACAGUCGAUCUCAAAGCAGAGGUUCAAAAUGCUGACAUUUUAGUGGUGGCCAUUGGAAAACCUGAAUUGGUCAAAGGAGAUUGGAUCAAACCAGGAUGUGUUGUGAUAGACUGUGGAAUAAACUCCAUACCAGAUGCAAGCAAGAAGUCAGGCACCCGACUGGUAGGUGAUGUGGAGUACAGUUCAGCGAAGGAAGUAGCAUCAUGGAUCACCCCUGUUCCUGGUGGUGUGGGCCCCAUGACAGUCGCCAUGCUCUUACAGAACACUGUGGAACAGGCCAAGAGAGCUGUAGAACAAUCCGGGGCAUCUGGCACAUGGCAUCUGACAUAUCUUCCACUCCAUUUGAAAGUUCCUGUUCCAAGUGAUAUUGAUAUUGCUCAAUCACAGACACCAAAAGACAUUGAUCUGCUUGCAAAGGAAAUCAACUUGCUGCCAGAGGAAGUGGAUCUUUAUGGGAAGAAAAAAGCCAAAGUUUCUCUUAAAGUUAUAGACCGGCUCAAACAGCAGGCAAACGGACGCUAUGUAGUGGUUACAGGGAUUACCCCAACUCCUCUAGGUGAAGGCAAGAGUACCACAACUAUUGGUCUUGCUCAAGCACUAGGUUCCUGUCUUCACAAGAAUGUGUUUGCUUGUGUCAGGCAGCCAUCACAGGGACCUACAUUUGGAAUAAAAGGUGGAGCUGCUGGUGGUGGCUAUUCCCAAGUGAUUCCCAUGGAAGAGUUCAACCUGCACCUGACUGGCGACAUUCACGCAAUCACUGCGGCUAACAACCUGCUUGCCGCGGCCAUUGAGGCACGCAUGUUCCAUGAGGGAACCCAGACAGACGAGGCUCUCUUUAAGAGACUGGUGCCGGAAAAGAAUGGCAAACGAGAGUUUUGCAAGAUACAGUUCCGAAGACUGAAGAAACUAGGCAUUACAAAAGAAAAUCCCAAUGAUCUCACAGCAGAGGAGAUAAAGAAGUUUGUACGCUUGGAUAUCGAUGCAGCGACCAUUACCUGGCAGAGAGUCAUGGAUACAAAUGAUCGCUUCCUUCGGAAGAUCACAAUUGGUCAGGGACCACAAGAAAAGGGGAGGACAAGGGAAACCCAGUUUGAUAUCGCUGUGGCUAGUGAAAUAAUGGCUGUGUUGGCAUUGACUACGAGUCUGCAUGACAUGAGAGAAAGGCUGGGAGCCAUGGUGGUCGCCUCCAGUAAAGCUGGGGAUCCUGUUACUGCAGAUGACCUGGGUGUGAGUGGUGCAUUAGCAGUCCUGAUGAAAGAUGCCAUCCGACCAAACUUGAUGCAGACUCUUGAGGGCACGCCAGUGUUUGUGCACGCUGGGCCAUUUGCCAACAUUGCUCAUGGAAACUCGUCUAUACUUGCGGACAUGAUAGCACUCAAACUAGUCGGGGAGAAGGGAUUUGUGGUCACUGAAGCAGGAUUUGGGGCAGACAUUGGAAUGGAGAAGUUCUUCAACAUCAAGUGUCGCUACUCGGGGCUGGUUCCCAGUGCAGUUGUUCUGGUGGCAACAGUGAGAGCUCUCAAGAUGCAUGGAGGUGGUCCUACCGUCACUGCUGGUGUUCCGCUGCCCAAACCAUACACAGAAGAGAAUCUUGAGUUACUAGGUGCAGGCUGUUGCAACUUGGCGAAACAGAUAGAGAAUGCUAACAAAUUUGGUGUUUCUGUUGUUGUUGCUGUCAAUGCCUUUGGCACCGACACCUUGUCAGAAUUGGAACUAGUCCAACAGAAGGCUAAAGAGGCUGGAGCCUUUGAUGCUGUUAUUUGCCAACACUUUGCGGAGGGCGGGGCAGGGGCAGCCAAACUGGCUGAUGCUGUAGAUCGAGCUACUCAGCAGCCCAGUAACUUCAGGUUCCUGUACGAUGUCACGCUUCCAAUUGAGGAAAAGAUUAAAAUAAUAGCCACUCAGAUUUAUGGAGCAGAUGAUAUAGAGCUGCAACCAAUGGCUCAGGAGCAAAUAGAGCGAUACAAGAGACAGGGAUUCAAUGAUUUGCCGAUCUGUAUGGCCAAGACUCACUUAUCCCUCUCUCAUGACCCCACACUGAAAGGAUGUCCAAUCAACUUCACACUGCCGAUCAGAGAGGCACGUGCAAGCAUUGGAGCAGGCUUCAUAUACCCACUCGUGGGAACAAUGAGCACCAUGCCUGGUCUUCCAACACGGCCUUGUUUCUUUGACAUCGACAUUGAUCCAGACACAGAGGAAAUUGUAGGUUUAUCCUAGACAGAAGAUGGAACAACAAAAGUGACCUUAUACAGACUUUAUAAAGACUUUUGACAAAAGAGUAAGGAUGCAUGCACCAAAUCAGACAAUGUGUUUUGAUUCACAUGCGGAAUUAUGUUUAGCUGUUAGUGAAUUAAAUAAUGCUGGAUUGUGAAGGCAGCCACAUGGAAGUUUGUAAUCAGUUUCUGUGAUCAAAAUUGUCAUACAUGUAGUCUGCUUUCAACGAUGCAGUCUUUAUUUACAUGAUAGAGAAUAUUAUAAAGAGUACAACUAUUCUUUAACAUAUUUUUAUAUAAAGAUUAUAAAAAUAUAGUAUAUAUGUACAGAAUUAUAUUCAAUUUAUGUAUAACUUUUCAGUAUUAAUUGAGUAUCUUCAUUUAACGUGAAUACAUGUAUCAACUGAAUUGGAGAAUAUAAUCAUAUUUUACUUGU